AUGAAUACCUACGCCUACACGUCUCAAGAACAUCGGCCGCCUAGUCAGAAUCCAGGGACACCUCGGCAGCAGACUUAUAUUGACACCAUAGAUGUCGAGUAUUCUACCUUCCAUACGGCUCCGACGUACACAUCUCCCAGUUACCACACCUCUCAAACAUUCAUUGCUGGGGAACAGGGAAAUGAGAUACGGAUUAUCAGCAACAGUGGCGAAACUACCGGCCGAUAUGUGGAAAUUCAAGGAAAUGGUCGGGAAGACAAGCUAACUGCUAUGAUCGAUUCUUACUUCAUCGAUAGUCCUGGAGCUACUGAUCAUGCUGACGGUUCUCCACAAGGCCAAUGGGUUCAACAACCAAUCCACUAUGUCGCUGGAUCAUCCUCCCACAUGAAGAAGGGCAUUGUACCGAUUACGCAGGAUCGAAUUGACAAAGAGAAGGCAAAACGUGUCAAGCAGGCUGAAGCUGCCAGGCUACGGUAUCAUCGUCUGACCAACGAUGAAAAGAAGGAGCUUAAUUUGAAGAGGACGCUGGCGCAAAAACGUAAAAGACAACGUGAAAAGGAAUUGGAGCAGCUCGAUGAAAUCCUUCGCGCCUCCAACGAUAUCCAAGAGGAUCCCGAUGUUACUGAACAGCUGAAGGAGAAACGGUUGCGGGCGAAAUGGGCCGAAGCUGCUCGUGCACGAUACCAACGUAUGACACCCGAAGAACGGAAAGUGCAUAAUAAUCGUCGACGUGCUAGACAGAUGAGCCAUGCGCUUCUCAUGGCACGGGAGAGUGGCGAACUGACUGGCGACAAAUCCAAAGAUGAGGAGGCGAUCAAGCGCCAAAUCAAGGCUAUGAAUUCCAAGAAAGCUGAGGCCGCCAGACUUCGGUACCAUCGAAUGUCCGAAGAGGAGAAACGCUCAUACAACCAGCGUCGUACCGAGGCAUUCAGGAAGCGUCGCAUCGAAGAAGAAAUGUUGCUCGCCAUGCCGAUCGGACGCAUCAAUGGUGAAGCAUUGGAUAGGGCACAACAGAUUGUUGUGCGAAACGCGAAACGAGCGGAAGCUGCGCGUUUGCGUUAUCAACGAAUGACACCCGAUCAACGCAAGAAUUACAACCAGAAGCGGUACACCCCGAAGCGGGCUAAGCCUGAAUCUGUUCGGAACAAUGCAGCUGAUCACAACGAAUAUGAUGUGCUCACAUCGCUGGAGAAGGAUGUCCUCCGACGCACACAACAAGCUCAGCAAGUCAUUUUGAGGCAGCAGAGACAGCAGACGAUACUGGCUCAGCAACAGUCGUCACAAGCAGUCCAAGCCGUUCCUGCGCCUCAGAGCUACGUGCUGUCCCAAUCGGCUCUUCCGGCGCAGUCGCAUAUAAUGCAAGGCAGCCCAUCGGCGCAUCAAAAUGGACAACACUUCCAAGUUGCCGGACCCAGCUCGCAUGUGUUGCUUUCUGCAAAGCAAGAGCAAUCGUCGCAAGGGGCUCAACACCAAAACAUUGUGCAUCAACAACAAUCCAAUUAUCACAACCCGACGAUGACCCCCUAUGGAGGACCUUUG